ACACUGCUUGUACCCCUGGACCUCGUAAAGUGUCGCAUGCAAGUCGAUCCCGGCAAAUACAAAAACAUAAAGAACGGAUUUAAAGUGACUCUGAGCGAGGACGGAACUAAGGGCUUAGUCAAGGGCUGGGCACCCACUUUAUUCGGGUAUUCCGCCCAAGGUCUCUGCAAGUUCGGCUUGUACGAAGUGUUUAAAGUCUGGUAUGCCAAUUUAAUUGGAGAGGAGUACGCUUAUCUGUACCGCACCUGGUUGUACCUAGCGGCGUCAGCCAGCGCCGAGUUCUUCGCCGACAUCGCCCUGUCGCCCAUGGAGUCGAUAAAAGUGAAGAUCCAGACAACUUCGGGUUUCGCCAACAAGUUAAGGGAAGCGGUCCCCAAAAUGUAUGCCGACGAAGGUAUGAACGCCUUCUACAAGGCUCUGGUGCCGCUCUGGAUGAGGCAGAUCCCUUACACCAUGGCGAAGUUCGCCUGCUUUGAGCGUACGGUGGAGAUUCUCUAUAAGUACGUGAUGCCCAAGCCCAGGGCCGAGUGUACCAAAGGCGAGCAGUUAUUAGUGACGUUCGCGGCUGGGUAUAUCGCCGGAGUGUUCUGCGCGGUCAUUUCGCACCCGGCAGAUACAGUGGUGAGCAAGUUGAACCAAGAGAAGGGCUCCACGGCCCUAGAGGCGGCCAAGAAGUUGGGAAUGGCGGGGUUGUGGAAGGGGCUGACACCGAGGAUCAUCAUGAUCGGGACUCUCACGGGAUUGCAGUGGUUUAUCUAUGACGCGUUCAAGGUUAUAAUGAGAAUGCCGCGACCGCCGUCCGGUCAGAUGCCGGAGUCUUUGAAGAAGAAGUUGGAAAAACAGAACACUUGAAUGGGAAACUAGAUGUCCGUCUAGUGUCUAGUACAUCUU